UACUAAGGAACAGUGCUUUAUUAUUUAUUUUUUAUUUAUUUAUUAUUUGUUAUUGUGCAUCUGUUUGUGAGUUGGUUUUGCAAAGUUGGACGCAAGCAGACUUCUUGUUAGCUGCCAGUAUAUUUUUGGAUUUUUUUUUAGCAGAAAAUGCAGGAAGUUCACUUUGAGAAAGCCAGAGAGCCACCGGGAUGUCCUAGAUAUAAGAGACCAAGUGAAGGAUACAGCGACCCAGUGUUACCAGAGCAACUGGCUAAAGUGCACUCAGCCAAUGCCUCCUUCAGCAUGCUUAUUCAUGGCGUGUAGCUCCUUAUUCCAGCAACUCUGCAAGUGGUUCCACUGGAAUUACUUGCAGUAUGAGGUUUGACUCUGAGGUAGAGAAAGUGGCUGAACUUUUCUCUGGGAGAGAAGUGCUCUGAAAUAGAAACAACAGCAAAGAAACAUUUGGGCAGAGGAUGUGAUUAAAGGUUUGCAGUCUUUAAAAAAAAACCAAACAUCAGUUCAAACUGAAGGAACCUGAGGAAGUGUCUUGAAGAAACUGAUGUUCUCCGUUGGCUGGCUGAUACCAAGUUUAAAGGGCUUUGUUGCUAGUGAAUAUGUAUGCAUCCUGACUAUAUUUCUACUUGACUGUGGGGUGGAAUAUUCGGAAUGAAGCUGCCAUCAUGUCAUCCACAGACAAUGGCACUGAUAUUGAAGAAUUCUUGGUCCACAUAAACUUGGGGCAGUACCUUCCUAACUUUAAAGAGUAUGGCUAUAACAUUGUGACAGACUGCAUGGGAAUAAAUAACAGUAUACUUCAGCAAAUGGGAGUGUUGCCUACAGGACAUCGCAGAAGAAUUCUUAAGCAAUUAGACACCACUUUUUCAAAAAUGCAAGGAGGUUCUCUUUUGUGUGAAAAUCUAAAAUUCAAAGAUUUGAAAGGUUCAGAAAAGCAGCAAUAUUUGUCCUCAGAUCAGGAGUCUCCAAUAAGCAAUUCAAGUAUAGACAGGACUAGCUUGAUACCUGCAACAUUGUCAGAACAGCUUAAUAAAGCUUACAUUGGUAACAAAAGAUUUGAUCUUGCAGAACAAAACUUAUUAGAGGCAAAUGACGAUCGCUUUAAAAAUUCAGAUUUUUCUAGUUUAUACCAGAAUUCAGACAGAAUGCUAAAAGCUAUCCAUCAAAUUGGAUGUAUUAAGAUGAAUACUCAGCCAGAUACAUCACUGGAAGAAGCUGCUGCAUACCAAGCUGAUGAGCGCUUGGCUGGCUGUUUGGCAUUUCAUGAUCCUCCUACUUCGUUUGCUCAUUCAUGUGAGACAAAAUACAAUGAAAACAAACAUCUCAUGUUUUCAGAUGAGGAUGAUUUAUCUGAUAGUGAGCCAAAUUCUCCAUUCUUUAAGUUUAAAGGAGAAAUGAUAGACAAUGACUUAUAUGGUUCUUAUGCACAAAACUGCAUGAAAGUAUUUCCAAGAGCAACCCGGUCUUUUAUAUUAAGGCAUCGGCCUGUACCAGAAAUUCCAGAAUCAAGUGAAGUUCAAGCUUCAUCAAGUUCCCUUCAGAAAAGAAGAAAUGUGGAUCCUGUAAAUAUUUCUUGCACUGGGAAGCAAAUUUCACGAGACAACACUUCCACAGAAGAAAAGCCACCUAUCAUCUCUCCAUAUGGGGAAACCUUUAUUUGUGACAACCCUGAAGAUGCUAAGGAACUCCAUGGAAAUGAAUUCCUGGCUUCUGAAAAUAAAUUGGAUCUAGGAACAAAUGAGGAGUAUUCUUACAAGAAUCUAUGUUCCUUUAACAAUCAGGAAGAGAAGACAAAGGAAUUUGCAAAAAAUGAAUCACUGUCUCGGGAAAAGAAAGUAGUAUCACCAGAAGAAUCUGAAAGUGAAUCUGUGUAUUCUUUUGUGGAACAAUGUUCUUUGCCUUUAAAGAAAAAGAAAAACAAAGCAAAAACAUACUCAGCAUCUUGUAGUAAGAUACAGUGUGGAGAUUCAGAUCGCUUGGUCAGUGAACAAAUGCAUUUUCAGCAAUUUGAUGGAGAUCAAACUGUGAUUGGAAAUGAAUCAAUAACACCUUAUGCUUGUUUUUAUGGACCAUCAGUAACGAAGGUUAAAGCAGGAUGGCUGGAUAAAUUAUCCCCUCAAGGCAAACGUGUGUUUCAGAAGCGCUGGGUUAAGUUCGAUGGAGACAGCAUUUCAUAUUACAAUAAUGAAAAGGAAGUGUUCUCAAAGGGAAUAAUACUGCUCUCUGCUAUAGCAACAGUAAGAAUUCACGGGGAGAAUAAAUUUGAAAUUGUCACAUCCCAUAGGACUUUUGUCUUCCGUGUGGAUAAAGAAGAAGAAAGGAAUGCCUGGGUUAAUACAAUGCUCAAUGCCUUGAAAUCACAGUCUGAUAAUAACUCUCAGUCUCGAACUUCUGUCACCCCUGAGAAAAGUGGCUAUCUUGAGCUGAAAGGAUACAAAGCCAAAAUUUUUAUUCUACUUCAGGGGAAUACUGUGUGGAUCUGCAAAAAUGAGCAGGAUUUUAAGACAGGAUUUGGUAUCACUUUAAUCCCUAUGAACGUGGCAAAUGUAAAACAAGUGGAUCGGACUGCAAAGCAAUCUUUUGAAAUAAUUACUCCUUAUAAAACCUUUAGCUUUACAGCAGAGUCGGAAAGAGAGAAACAAGACUGGAUUGAAACACUGCAGCAAUCAAUAGCAGAAACUCUGUCUGAUUAUGAAGUAGCUGAGAAGAUUUGGUUCAAUGAGUCCAACAGGAGCUGUGCUGACUGUAAAGCUCCCGGUCCUGACUGGGCAUCCAUCAAUCUCUGUGUUGUCAUUUGUAAGAAGUGUGCAGGACAGCACAGAUCUUUAGGACCAAGAGAUUCAAAGGUCCGGAGUCUAAAAAUGGAUGCCAGCAUUUGGAGCAAUGAACUUAUUGAGCUGUUUAUUAUCAUUGGAAAUAAAAGAGCAAACAGUUUUUGGGCAGGAAAUCUUCCUCCAGAUGAAGAGCUGCAUAUGGAUGCCCCUGCAGAAAAAAGGAUAGCAUUCAUUACACAAAAAUAUAAAGAGGGAAAAUUCAGGAAAGUACCUUUUCCCUACAAAACCAAGGAACAGUUGAAUAAGGCCCUGUGUGCUGCUGUAGUCAAACAAGAUGUGCUAGAAACUCUGAUGUUGCUGUUUAGUGGGGCUGAUGCUAUGUGUGCCACUGGAGACCCCGUUUACAGUACUCCAUACUUACUAGCCAAGAAAGCUGGACAAAGACUGCAAAUGGAAUUCCUGUACCAUAAUAAGUUCUCAGAUUUCCCAAACUACGAUACUUGUUUUAAAAGUGAAUUCUCUGAAGAUUCUUCACAUUCCAUCUUUCUUUGUGAAUUCCUAUACAAAGUUUCUUCAAAUACUGCUAAGCUUCUUACAGAGAAGAAGCUAAAAGAAGAUUGCAACAGAAGAUGGUGCACUUUGGAAAGUGGCUUUCUGAGCUACUAUGAAAAUGAUAAAACUACCACACCUAGCGGUAUGAUUGACAUCAAUGAAGUUAUCUGUCUUGUAGUGCACAAGUCAGACCUCUUUUCAAACAGAGGGGACAUCUUUACUUUUGAAAUCUACUUAAUGUCAGAACGUGUUUUUCUGUUUGGAGCUGAAACUGCAUAUUCACAAAGAAAAUGGACUUGGGCAAUAGCUAAGCAUUUUGUUCCCCCUGUGGCUGAAUGCUUAUUAGAGAGAAACUGUGACCUGAUAGGCCAGCUGUACUACAAAGAUUGCCAUAACCUGGAUCAGUGGAGAAAAGGCUGGUUUGCUAUAGAGAAGUCGAGCCUUUAUUUUUGUCUUGAGAUGGAGAAUGCUGAAGAAGAUUCCAUAUAUUUAAGGAGGCUGCAAGAACUAACAAUCAGUAGUGUGAUGCAAAAUGGAGAGAAAAUAGACGUCUUGCUGCUCGUUGAAAAAGGAAGAACGCUCUACAUCCAUGGCCAUACAAAGCUGGAUUUCAUGGUCUGGUAUAGUGCAAUUGAAAAAGCAGCAGGCACAGAUGGUAAUGCAUUACAAGACCAGCAGCUCAGCAAAAAUGAUGUUCCUAUUAUAGUGAACAGCUGUAUAGCAUUUGUUACACAGUAUGGUUUAGGUAGCAAGCAGAUCUACCUUAAGAAUGGGGAUUCUUCCAAAGUGGCUGAACUGCUGGAAAGUUUCAAAAAAGAUGCAAGGAGCGUUAAACUAAGAGCAGGAAAACAUCAGCUUGAAGAUGUAACUGAUGUGUUGAAAAGUUUUCUUUCUCAAAUAGAUGAUGCGCUUCUCACAAAAGAACUUUAUCCAUUCUGGAUCUCUGCAUUAGAUACACAAAAUGAAAAGGAACGUGUGAAGAAGUAUGGAACUUUUAUUCGGACACUUCCACCAGUCAGUAGGGCAACUUUGGCUGCUUUAAUUGAACAUCUUUACAGGGUGCAAAAGUGUUCUGAAAUCAACCAUAUGAACCCUCACAAUCUCGCCAUGGUGUUUUCCUCAUGCUUAUUUCAAACAAAAGGCCAAACUAGCGAAGAAGUCAAUGUAAUUGAAGAUCUAAUUAAAAAUUAUGUGCAACUUUUUGAUAUAAAUGAAGACCAGGUCAAACAAAUGGAUAUAGAGAAUAGCUUUAUUACUAGGUGGAAAGACACUCAAGUUUCCCAGGCUGGAGAUUUGCUUAUUGAAGUUUAUGUGGAAAGAAAGGAGCCAGACUGUAGUAUUAUAAUCAGGGUAUCACCUUUGAUGGAAGCAGAAGAAUUAACUAAUGAUGUCUUAGGAAUUAAAAACAUUACUCCCAACAAAGAUGAUAUCUGGGCUGCUUUUGAAGUACUUGAAAAUGGAGAACUAGAGCGCCCUCUGCAUUAUACAGAGAAUGUACUAGAACAAGUUCUUCACUGGAGUUCACUACCAGAGCCUGGCACUGCAUAUCUGAUAAUAAAGAGAUUUCUAACAGCAGACAUGAUAAAACUCUACAGUGAGAAAAAUGAUAAAGGUAGCAUGAAAGCAGGCAAUCUGAAGUACAAAGAAGAACCAUCAAAACUACUGUCUGGAAACAAGUUUCAAGAGCGUUAUUUUGUGUUACGGGAAGGAAACUUGCUUCUUUAUAAGGAUGUGAAGGCUAGCAAACCUGAAAAAGUGUUGCCUGUCAAUUCCCUGAAGCUUUAUCUUGGAGUGAAAAAGAAAAUGAAGCCACCAACAAUCUGGGGACUUGCAGUAUUUUCUGAAAAGCUCCAGUGGUACAUAUGUUGUGAUGGACAAGAUGUGCAGAUGGAGUGGAUGAUCAGCAUUUUUACUGCACAGCAUGCAGAUAUAUGGCCACCUGCUGGAAAAGCAAGAAAACAGUCUAUAACUAAAAGUCCAAAGAUCGGAGGCUUACCACUAAUUCCUAUUCACCAGAAGAACACUUGUAAAAUCAGAGGGAGUACAGAAAAUAUAGAACUGCACUCUGGAAAACCAAAAUUCAGUGAGCAUCAUGAAAAUGAAUUUCUGGAAGAAAGAAAAAAUUGGAAAGAAAAAGCUUCUAUUGUGGCACAAUGUUUGGAACGGAAGGAGGAGAAAGUCCGAAAUCAUGCAAAAACACAUUGGAACUCAGUCUCUGCUGAGGAUGUAGGUGCAGGGAUGACUGACCUACAUGGAAAACCACAUAAGGCACUGAAGAAAAAUAAGAACAAAACAAAGAAAACUACUUUGGAAUUAGAUAACAAAUUGCCAUCAAAUGUUAUUCAGGAACUAAAUACAGUGCUGCAGAAGAACAGAGUACUUCCUGAUGAAACCUCUAGCUGAUUUCCUGAGUCUGAAGUUUAUAUAUGUGUAUAUGUGUGUGUGUGUGUAUGUAUAUAUAUAUAUAUAUAUGCGCGUGUAUAUGUAUUUUCUGGAAAAAAGUAGUCGGGUUUGAUGCAUGCAGUUGUACAGUGCAGAGGAAAUAUAAUUUGUUUAUAUGCAGCUGUUAAUUUUGUACGUGCUUAUGCCACAUGCUAUAAUUUAAGACUGAACUGAGAAAGCUGAUUAUAUAAAACUCCAGAAAUUUGGAGGUUUUCCUGCGCAGUGCAAUGACAUCAGGGUUUUGUUAAUUAUUUUUUGUUGCAGAUCUUGUUUGAUAUAAUAAUUCUAAGCUUUUCCUCUGUUUAUAUUGUGUACCAUCUUGUAAGUACUAGAGAGAUAUUUUUGGAAAGAAGACAAGAUAUACAAUGAUAUUGGUAUUGUUGGCCUGCAAUAUUUUUAAUUGUCUCUAACACUAUAAAAAUUAGUAACAUCUGCUUUGAAAAGUGAUUUUUCAUGUAUUUUUUUUAAUUUAAAAAUUAAAUUAGUGUCUGCUUCCACAGAUUUGUCCUCUGACAGAGCAUGUGAAAGAAUCAAAAGGGAGAGGAAGGUAAUAGAUAAGACAAUGUAUUCGUUCUUGUAUCUUAGAACUGUGUCUAUAUGGUGUACAUCUGAUUAAAACAUCUAAGCAUUGAGAGAGAAUACUGAGGAUGACAAAAAGAAGUCUUCAAAGCAACAUUUAAUUUAAAAGGGUAUAUGAAUUGGAAGAGUAGCAUCAUCUCUUUCUGCCAAUGGGCUGAAGUAAUUUUAUAAACAGACAUUGGGUAGCUCAGGGUGACAGAGGCAGACUUCUCUAUCACUGUUUGGAUAAAGCUUGCUUGGUUCUGACAAAGCUGCCGGCAUCUGAUGAAUAUUUAAUAUUCACAUGAGAAAUUAAUUUCCUUAAGAAAAAAUGGUCCCCACACAAGCAUAUCUGUCAGAAGGUUAUUAACUCACUCAAUUAAGAAGUGCCAGUUACUAAAUGGGUGAGAUUAACCCCUCCCUUUACCAUGAGGACAAAGGUGAGCAGUGUGCUUUUUGCAGGGACUAGGAAAUCCCUGUACUACACCUGUAGCACAGCUCUUACUCCGAGUGUGAGGAGAGUCCCAAGGUUGAGACAACAGGCUCAUUUGCUGCAUUCUGAGUAUGUAGGUAGCAGUUUCUGGAGAUAUAUGAUAUACUAUCAUCCUGCCACUACUUUGGUUUUUAAGCCCUGAGUUCCUUACAUUUAAAAAUCAGAAAAUGGCUUCAAAACAAAACCUCUGUGAGCAAUGAAACUAUUUGGUUUUCUUAAGUUGUUUUGUGAAUCUCACCUUUAUUUAUCCCAUGGGAUUGCCACCUUCCUUUCUCACAGCAUAUCCCAGUUUUCACUUUGUCCCAUAACAGCUGAAUGGGCAAAAGGCACCGCUGUGCUGAGGCUGUUUCCAGGUGUUGCAGAUGCUACCUGGUUAAGCAGCAGGAUCAACAGAGCAGAGAGCUAAUGAGCUCAUGCUGCACCUUUGCUUCAGGGGAGGCAUUAAUAACAGCAUCUGCUUUAUUUUGCUGCUGUCCCUUUUGUGGGCUGUUUAACCACUCUGCCACAGAUUUUCACUAGCCUUUGGUGUUCCUCAAGUUCGAUUGGAAUUGGCCAGAGCUCUUAGGGUAGAAGAGAGAAUUUUAAACUAUUUCUUGCUUAUUGGAAGCUGUUUUAAAUAAUCUCUUAAUUCCUUAAAUUUAAUUUUUCCUCUGAAAUUUUAUCAGCAUCAAUUGAUUUUUAUUAACAUAGUUUUCAGGAUGAUUUAUGUUGCUACUGAAUUUCUGCCCAUACUUCCCAUAAGUAUGACUACUUAUCCCCUCUUCUGGUUUUGUUAUUCACAGGUGCCGUAAUAUUUCUUACAUCAUUUACUUCUAUUCUUGAUUGCAUCGAGCAGCUUAAUUGGAAAAAUAAUUUGUUUGACUGAAGAAAUUAGACAAAUUAAAUAAUGUAUCUGGCAAUUCUGCUAGGAAGUAUAGGGAAAACUAGGUCAAACUCCAAUAUCUUUUAGUGGUUUGUGUUUAUUCUUCUGGAGUGGAGCACGGACAAAGCAAGUUUAGUCUUCCAGACUUUGCACUUACCGUAUUUGACCAAUUGUUAAAUCUGAAACAAGUUUGUAGAUUUUAAUUUUCCAAGUGCACUGUUGACUCUUUUGCUACAUAUAAUUUUUAAUUGAUCCUUCUUCUAAUUUAUUGAGGCCCUAGCUCAAGAAAGCAUAUAAUCCUGAACUUAAAUCGUAUUGACUAAAGCAGCUGCUUAAUGUAAUAAGCACAUUCUUAAAUGCCAAUUUGAAUUGGGGCCUUAUGCCAUCAGGAGAAAUUACUGUCUGAGGCGGGACCUGAAUGUACUGUUUACAGUUGUACUUUUAUUUGAAAAUAUUUUUCAGUAUUGAGUUACAGUUCCUGUAUUUAUCUUUUUAUUGGGUUCUUAAAAAUGACAUUCACCUUACUGCUGAAAGCUUCAUGCAUCAUUUAAGCUCCUACACUAAUGGAAUAAAUGGAGCAAUGGAAGGGUUUUGUGCGUUGAAGUGAAUAUGCCCAUGAAGAAAAUGUGUUGUGUAUUUUUAUUGGAUCUAAGAACUACAGAAAUAUUUGUUCUGUUUCAAAGGUCUAUCACAGAUAAAGUAUCUGUAUGGCUGCUGUUAAAAGGCCCUAAAAAUCAAGAAGAAAAAUGUUUAUUAAAAUAUGUUUAAAUUUGGCUUUGUAUGUAUAUGUACACAAAUACAUUAUAUAUGGAUAUAUAUGCUUGCAGAUAGGUGCACAUCCACAGAGAGACACUGAAUGGUGAGGGUUAACUCAAGGACAAUUCAUUUGGGAAAGAAGAAAUUUUGCAAUUAGUUGUUUCAAAUAGGUAUCAAAGUUUUGGACCAAUUAUCUUGACGUAAUGUUGCACUACACAUUUCAGAUUGAUUUAAGAUCUGCGUAAUAAAUGUGUUUUGUUGCAAUAC